AUGCAGCAGUUCGCAAAGGCCGAGGACUACACGAAGCAAAUGUGGCGCCCAUGGAAGUCGGGCGAUGUGUACGCACCACACGAUCUCUCCGGAGCGGAGCAGAAGAAGUGGAAGACGGGUCGCACUGCGCCUCAGACCGACGCAUUCGAUGUGCUCGGAAUCAACCCCAUCAACGAGUAUAAGAACUACACCAUGAUGUCGGAAUUCAUGACCGAGAUGGGCCGUAUUAAACAUUCCAAAUUGACUGGCCUGCGCCCUGUAAACCAGAGGAAGAUUGCAAAGGCCAUCAGAAGAGCGAUUGGUCUCGGUCUAAUGCCUUCUGUCCACAGACAUCCACUUGUCGUCAAGAACAGCUCGCCGACGAGGUUCUCUUCGUAG